UCGUGCGUGUUUAAUUGUGGAAGUGAGAAAAAUGCUUCAUCUAGCCCAGGCCCGCGCAUUAGUACUGAUUUUUUUUGGAACUUCGCACACCAGGCAUAUCUACAUUUCCAGCUCGGAAUCCACGCCUCGAAUAAUGCGCAUCACGAUAAGGCUAUUGACUACUUCACUACUGCUAUCAAAGCCAGCGGUUCCUCAACCAAAUUUGCCAUUUAUUCCAAAUAUGAUGACUUUGUCAUGCUUUUCGGGUGGGACCUCCAGACCUUGUGGCAGAAUGCAAACCAGAACCUGUGUUCUGCACUUCUUCAGGCAAAGAAACUCGAACAAGCCCUCGAGGCACACCAAAACAUGAUCGACAACGGUGAUGAGAGCACAAAGGCCAACUGCCUUCCUUGGUCCACUGCUUUCAAGCGCCAGUGUGGCGACCGCUAUGCUCAUGACGGAGACACCGCAUUCACAGCGAGGGAUUAUGACGAAGCUAUUUACCUAUAUUCGGCGGCAAUUGACCUGGGUGCCGUAAAUGAUACUAUUUUGGCAAAGCGGAGUGAGGCUUUGUUGGAAAAAAUGCAAUGGGAAGAUGCGCUUCUCGAUGCGCAAAAAUUGAUCAAACUCAACCCUUCGUCGUAUAUUGGAUACAGGUUGAAGUAUGCAGCGCUUCGCGGCUUAAAACGCUUUAAUGAAGCCAUCGAUGCCUUCGAAACCAUGCAUAGGUUGGGCACUGCUUCCGGACCAGAAAUACGAAAGUUGCACCAAAAUUAUCUUGGUCAAUUAGAAGCAAAAAAAGCUAUUCGAAUGGUUAUUGACGAUCAAUUAGAAAAUGCGCCGCUUCGUCUAAUCAACACCACUGAUGGGCUCUUAUGUGAUCGAGAUAUGCAGAUACACGCCUUCAGCAUGAGCCCGAAGUACAGUGAGCUCUUGUUAUCCACAAUGGAACGUGCAGAACAUCGAACGAAGCGCAUCAAAGAAGUGGUAGAGCCAUACUUCCAUUGUGUUACACUAUCGCAUCGGUGGGAAGGAGAAGAGAAGAGACUGGACGAGAUCCAGGACAGGGCGAUAUACAGUUUUGAUCCAGUUGGAACUUUCGUAAAGUUGCAGAAGUUCUGCAAAGUCGUUCAUGAUUUGGGGUAUCACUGGGCGUGGAUGGAUACAUGCUGCAUCGACAAGCGGAACAGUGCGGAACUCGAAGAAUCACUCAAUUCCAUGUUUGUCUGGUAUCGCCACUCAGCGCUCACGAUCGUAUACCUGUCGGAUGUUCGCGAGUCUGGCACACUGGAAAAGAGCGAUUGGAACAGGCGAGGAUGGACAAUUCAAGAAUUACUAGCUCCCAAAGCCAUUCUUUUUUAUCAGAAGGAUUGGACACCAUAUCUCGGCGACCACUCUCCCAACCACAAACAGUCCGCUGCUAUCAUGCGGGAGUUAGAGGUUGCGACAAGGAUAGAUCAAGCGUCCCUCACCAACUUCCGUCCAAGCAUGACAAACGCCCGAGAGAAACUCGAAUGGGCGUCGAUGCGUACCACUACGCGGAAGGAAGACAUUGCAUACUCGCUGUUUGGUAUCUUCGACGUCCGCCUGGAAAUUCAUUAUGGCGAGAAGGUGCAAGCCGCACUCGGGCGGCUCUUGCAGAAAAUCGUGGCUCAGUCAGCUGACAUUACUGCGCUUGACUGGGUCGGAAAAUCAUCGGUAUUCAAUAGCUGUCUGCCAGCUGACAUCACCUCAUACGAACACUCGCCAUACAAGCCACCACAUCUUUCUGAAGAUGAAAUACAGACAUUGGUCUCGUCACUGCGAAAUGUCGUGUCUGUAGAUUCCGCUUCGGAACUGUAUACCCUGCUUAGCAGACUGCCCCGUCCUCGUUUCGCGGAUAGCCGGCUGCACCUACCCUGCAUGGUAUUCCGUGUCACAGACAUCAGACAGAGCCACGCUCGGGGUGAACAGUCACAUUUCACGUAUGAAGUCAAGGCAGUUGGGUUACAUGAUCUCUCAAUAACAACGAAGGAAAAGCUCACGGAGUUUUGGCCGGGACGGCGCAUACGGCCGGAGGUAUUCCUUGUCCGUCCGUGGAACCGUGAUCUCCUCAAGCUGCCUGCGUUGGCAGAUGAAACGCAGAGCGUCGAGGAUGCAUAUGAUCCCCAGUCUGCAUUGCCAGAUCUGUCCGGCGGGUUUCCUGGAGAAAAAGGAACGAUUGAUCUGGAUUCUUACACACAGACGUUGCGAUUGAUUGUUCGCCUUCAGCAGCAAUUCAAUGCCUUGUUGUUAUAUGAGCAGCAGAUCGGAGAAUAUAAGAGGACCGCAUCAGAUCGUGAUAUCAUUGCGCACGUUACAGAAAUGCAGAACAUGAUGGACGUGAGGACACUAGAGAUAUUGUAGAUUCUGAAGGACAGAUUACCUUCAAGUUGACAGUGCAUGUACAAUGACGUAUUUCUCGUAUCGUAUUGUGACUCACGACAUGUCUAUAUCAUAUGUGCAUCAUUUACACAAUGAAUGCACCUGAAUCAGGAUUAUCUUCAUUUAAAUAGUGCCAACGUUAACUUAAAGUAUGGUCGUUGGCAUUCAAGUACAUUCUCAAUGAUUCGCCGUGCGUGC